AUUCACUGACACGACAUGAUUCUCCAACAACCUUGUUUGCUUCCUUUAGGGCUUAGGCUUGCUCGCUCGCCCACCCAAUUGGUUAUCUCUGUCUGUGUGCGAUAUGUGAGUGACACCCACGUUCAUCCCAUUAUUACCCAACCUCGUAGCAGUAUUCUAAAAAGAGUUCAGCACACACCUCCCCCUCUCUCUAACAACUCAACAACAACAAUCUUAAUAAUCUUGCCUCCAGUCUCCAUCCAACUCAUCUUGUUUGUUGGGUUUGGCACCUAAUUGUAUUUGUAUUAUUAUUAUUAUUAUUAUUAUUAUUGUAGCUUGUGUCAUACUUACACCACCCACUCCCACCUAGCAAUUGUGUCAUACUUACACCACCCACUCCCACCUAGCAACUGUUUUUUACUCGGACAGACAAAUUCAAGCCAAAUGUUACUCCUUCCUUCCUUCCAAUCCCCUCCUGCACUGCACGACUGAUGGGCCCCAUCAAACAAACACUAUCACUAUCACCAUCACCACCACCACCAUCUCCUCCUUCGUCUUCCUCCUUACCUUCCCCACUACUCCGACCCAAUACAGCCUCCUCCUCCACAAACAUUGAUAUUAUUAAUGCUCCGGCCUCCCAUUCCUUCUUCUUCUGCAUUCCCUUUUCCCCUUUUCAAUUUUGAAACUCACUUGGUUCAUCCCAUCCCAUCCCAAGAAAAUAAACAUGAGAGCUAAACUUCAAUACCCCCCCUUCAGUCUCAAGGCCAUCCCCAUCUGUUCCUUGCUUCUGUUCCUCGUGUUUCUGAUACUCAGAUCCACUUUCUCCUAUUACCCCCCUCCCCAUCCCCAUCCCCAGGCACCUACUACCACCAUGCUCGCUUCCACUUCCAGUUCCAGCUCAGCAUCGGCAUCGGACUGCCCAACGACGCCGCUGCCCACGUGCACCAAAAUCCCACCUUCCUUGGCGCACGCCCUCGUUCACUAUGCGACCUCCAACAUCACCCCUCAACAGACCCUCAAUGAAAUCUCCGUCUCCCUCAACGUCCUCCUCGCAAAGUCCCCCUGCAACUUCUUGGUCUUCGGGUUGGGCCGCGACAGCCUCAUGUGGACCUCCCUCAACCACGGCGGCCGCACCGUCUUCCUCGAGGAGGACGAGUCCUGGAUUCAGCAAAUCCAGAGCCAGGUCCCCUCCUUGGAAUCCUACCACGUCGUCUACGACACCAAGGUCACGCAAGCCGACCAGCUCCUCCUGGAAAUGAGCGACGAGGCGGCGUGCCAGUCCGUGGUCGAUCCCAGGUUCUCCAAGUGCCGGCUUGCACUCAAGGGCCUGCCUAACGAGGUGUACGAUGUGGAAUGGGACGUGAUCAUGGUGGACGCCCCCACCGGCUACUUUGACGGCGCCCCGGGACGGAUGAGCGCCAUAUACACGGCCGGCUUGAUGGCCAGGAAUAGGGAGAGCGGCGAGACGGAUGUGUUCGUGCACGACGUCGACAGGGCGGUGGAGGACAGGUUCUCCAGGGAAUUGCUGUGUCAAGGCUACCUCACCCAGCAGGAAGGCAGGAUUCGGCAUUUUACAAUCCCGAGUCACAGAGCUCGUUCCGGCAAGCCAUUCUGCCCCCCACAAUGAAUAAUACUGUAGUACUAGUAGAUCAAUUAAACAGACACACAGAGAGAAAGAGAGAGAUAUUGAUUAAUUAAUGCUCUAUCUAUAUUCAUUAUUGAGUUUACAGACAGACAGACGGUCAUCUUCAUCUGCUGCCGUGCAGUUCUGUGCUGGGACUCUCUCAUAUUCUUUUCUUAUUAGGCAGGUGUUGGCGUUGGCGUUGGCUUUGGUGUUGGUUCUUGAUUUUGUCUUUGUAAUAAACAACAGGUGGUGAGUCAGUGAGGAAAACAAUUCUUAUUCUAUUUGGAUUUUGAAUUUUCUUGGUUUCCGAAUUAUCCCUUCUCAAGUCUCUAAUCCUCCUGCAAAAUUAAUACUGCAAAUGGUUUAGUUUCCUUCGAGGAAGACGACGAGGCGAUUAUAUAUAUACAUAUAGCUGGGGGUAUU